AUGGGAGUUUGCAGCUCCUGUGAAGCUACGUCUGUAGCCACUGCGAAACUGAUAUUCUACGAUGGAAGAUUGCAGGAAUUCCCAUAUCCUGUAAAGGUUUCUUAUGUAUUACAAAGAAACCCUACGUAUUUCAUCUGUGAUUCCGACGAAAUGGAUUUCAACGACGUUGCUUCAGCUGUGAGUGACGACGAGGAAUUACAGCCGGGUCAACUUUACUUCGCUUUACCGUUGAGCCGAUUGAAGCAACGGCUUCAGGCGGAGGAAAUGGCUGCAUUGGCUGUGAAAGCCAGCUCGGCGUUGGCCAAGAGUGGUUGCAGUGAGAAGUGCGGUUGCCGGAGGCAUGUCUUCGUGUUUCCAGGCGAGAAUGGGCUGAAACCGCCUUCAAGGAAAGUGGGGGACGGUGGUGAUACUGUGAGUAGGCGGAGGAGUGGUGGUGGGAGGAGAGGGAAGUUUGCGGCGAGGUUGAGUGCAAUAACCGAGUAG